AUGUUUCAAGCUGCAUCGUCUCUGGCUAUGCCUGUGGUGUUUCCCUAUCCAUGCAGGCGACCACUUAUUCGACCUCUCCGGAGGUCAAAGACCUUCAAGCCUCUCGCAUGCCUCCAUCUCAAAGGAGCCAAUGGAAGGAGUGGGUUCCAUGAGAUUGAACUUAAAGUUCGGGAUUAUGAACUGGAUCAGUUUGGUGUUGUGAAUAAUGCUGUUUAUGCAAACUACUGCCAACACGGUCAACACGAGUUUAUGAAGAGUAUUGGUGUCAACUGUGAAGAAGUAUCCCGUUCUGGUGAAGCCUUGGCAAUUUCUGAGUUGACACUAAAGUUCCUUGCACCUUUACGUAGUGGAUGCAAGUUUGUGGUGAAAACGAGGAUAUCAGGAUUAUCUGUGGCACGCAUUUACUUUGAACAGUUCAUCUAUAAACUUCCAAAUCAAGAGCGUAUUUUGGAGGCAAAAGGAACGGCGGUGUGGCUUGACAACAACUAUCGUCCUGCUCGUAUCCCAUCUCAUAUACGCUCUAAUUUCGUUCACUUCCAACGGCUAAUCGUCACCGUUUAA